AUGAGUAUGGAGGCAUCGGAGCUACAGGAUCUCUCUGACGACGCCGAUUACGCUGCAUCUCAACAACAGGGAUCGGCGAGCAUGAUGCGGUGCGACAGCGAGAAGAGAAGUUCGUCUAGUGAACACGAAGGCGCCGAAUUGAUAUAUUUGAAGGAUAAUGUUGCAAUUCAUCCCACACAGUUCGCAUCGGAGAGGAUUAGUGGGAGAUUGAAGUUAACUAAGCAAGACUCUACUCUCUACCUGUCGUGGACUCCGUACAAGGGACAAACCUCAAAUGCAAAGCUAUCAGAGAAAGACAGGAGUCUUUAUACCAUCACAGCAGUUCCGUUCACGGAAGUGAGGUCCAUCAGGCGACACACUCCUGCUCUCGGAUGGCAGUAUGUGAUUGUUGUGCUAUCUUCUGGACUUGCAUUUCCACCUCUGUACUUCUACAAUGGCGGAGUCAGGGAGUUUCUGGCCAUGGUGAAGCAGCAUGUUUUUCUUGCAAGGUCGUCAGAAGAUGCAAAUGUGUUCCUUGUGAAUGAUUUUCAGAGUCCCUUGCAGAGAACUCUUUCUUCAUUGGCGCUGCCAAGUUCACUGCCUGUUGCAAGUGGACAAUCUUCAUACCCAUCAGACGGAGGAUCUUCGAGUGAAAAUCAAGGGAGAACAAGUGCAGGUGCCGAUAACAGAGUUUCCCAGUAUGGAGUGAGAAAGCAGAAGAGUCAUGAUCCUACUCGUGAUCUUUCAAUUCAUCUUCUAGAGAAAUUUUCUCUGGUUACUAAGUUUGCUAGAGAAACAACCACUCAGUUGUUUUCUGAAAACAAUGGCUUUGGUUCCGUUGACAAGAGAUGGAACAACCAACCUGUGCAUAAUUAUCCUGAAAAGUUGUCAAAUAUUGCUGAGGAAAAACAUCAUGAAAGUUCUCAUAGUUACCCUGAAAAGGAGCCUCUUUAUGAUGAAGAACCUCCCAUUGACCUUGUUGAUGUCCCUGCUGAUCCCUUAGAGUUUAACAAGUUGAGUUUGGUGUGGGGAAAGCCAAGGCAGCCACCAAUGGGGCAUAAAGAGUUCACAGCAUUCUUGGAUUCUGAAGGGCGAGUUGUGGAAUCAAAGGCUCUUCGAGAGAGAGUUUUCUAUGGAGGCAUUGAGCACCAACUGCGAAGAGAGGUCUGGCCCUUUCUCUUGGGAUAUUAUGCAUUCGACUCGACAUACGCGGAGAGAGAGUACCUUCGAGCUGUCAAAAAAAUGGAAUAUGCAACAUUGAAACAGCAGUGGCAGAGCAUCUCCCCUGAACAAGCAAAAAGGUUCACCAAAUAUCGGGAGAGGAAGGGGCUGAUAGAUAAAGAUGUGGUAAGAACUGAUAGGGCAUUUGAAUACUAUGAAGGCGAUGACAAUCUGAAUGUCAAUAUCAUGCGUGAUAUUCUGUUGACCUACUCCUUCUACAAUUUUGAUCUAGGUUACUGCCAGGGAAUGAGUGAUUAUCUGUCUCCUAUCAUGUUCGUGAUGGAGGAUGAAUCAGAAUCCUUUUGGUGUUUUGUGGCACUGAUGGAACGCGUUGGUCCCAACUUUAACCGUGACCAAAAUGGGAUGCAUACUCAGCUCUUUGCUCUCUCAAAG